ACCAUCUUAACGUUGUGCAUUAUGGAGAGGCAGGGGUUACAAAUGUAACAGCCAGCAGGGGGUAGAGACAGACUGCCAACCAGCGGGCACUGACUUUUAUCAUUCCAGGCUCUCUUGUCUCAUUCUCUACUUCCAUUGCCCUGUAACUCGAGUAUCAAACAUGCUGCCCGGCAAAUAUCGCGGAAGACUGGUCCCUAAUGCUGUUAAUGAAUGUGGACUUCAUCUCGUCCUGCAAACAAAUCCUGUAACUUACAAAAACAAACCGUUUGAAUUUAGACUAAGUAAAGAAGCCUCUCUUGGCAACAGGAUUAACCUUCAAGAUGUAGAAAAGAACAGCAGUAAGAAUGAUGGAAGGCACUCAAGCCCUAUGGUUGGAAACAAACCAACUUACAUCCCUUUAGCAACUAAUGUGACUGAGGUGUUUGGCUCUGCUCCGAAACAUGGAAGAGAGUCCCUUUCACUGGGAGCCUUUACUGAACUUCCAAUUCACUUAUCAACAAAACCCAGGUCAAGAGCAGGGUAUCACAGUGCAAACCCAAAGAACAACUGUGAAGAUACACAUCCAUCGAAAGAUAAUUUGAAUUUUUUAAGGCAGUUGUCAAGAUUGGAACCAGGAAUAGCUGUUGUGAGGCGAACUGCAGAAGAGAAAGCUGCCAGCCCAGAUAAGCUCAGUUUAGAAAGUCAGAAUUUAACAGCGUGUCCCAUAAUCGAAGAUGAGGAACAACUGCGACUGCUUUAUUUCCAGCAUAAUUUUAUAACAAGAAUACAGAAACUCUCAAAUCUACAGCACCUUAUUUUCCUUGAUUUGUAUGAUAAUCAAAUACAGGAAAUAAGUGGACUUUCAUCUCUCAGAGCCCUGCGUGUCCUUAUGCUGGGAAAAAACAGAAUUCAGAAAAUCUCAAACCUGGAAAACCUAAAACAUCUUGAUGUCCUGGAUCUACAUGGAAAUCAGAUCUCAAAAAUAGAAAAUGUAAGUCAUUUGAGAGAAUUGAGAGUGUUAAACCUUGCAAGGAAUCAAAUAAACCAAGUUGAAAAUAUUAAUGGCCUAGAUUCACUGACAGAACUUAACCUUCGAGACAACAAAAUCACUGUAUUGAGAGAUGUGGACACUUUACCCAGCCUUCAGCUCCUGUAUCUCAGCUUUAACAACAUAUCAAGAAUUAAUGACAUCCUGUGCCUUGCUGAUUCAACAUCCCUUUCAGAUGUCACGCUUGAUGGCAAUCCUAUAGCUCAAGAGUCAUGGUACAGGCAGACCAUUCUCGGACAUAUGCUGCAGCUACGACAGCUGGAUAUGAAGAGGAUUACAGAAGAAGAAAGACGCACUGCAUCUCUUCUGGCAAGAAAAGAGGAUGAGAGGAAGCGUGAAAGUCAUAAGCAAGCGUUACUAAAGGAGAAAAAACGAAUCGCUAUUUGCAAUGCUGCACGCCAAUGGGAUAUUCAGCAAAACAGAGUUACGCCUGCUACAUUAGAUCAGGAAAAUGGAGACUGUGUUAGCUCUUAUAAUAAACCAUGCAAGUUGAAUGGGUCUACUGCUUUUGAACUUACAGAGGAACAAAGGUCACUGGAUACUGUACUGUACAGCGCUGUGCAAGGACUUUCAGUAAUAGAUUCCCAUCUUGUUGAAGUGGAGGGAGAUGUCCUUUUUCUGUAUGGAUCUGGUUCUCUGGAUUCUUUAGACAGGCCUUGGAGUGUUCAGACAGCUGGAUCAGUCAGCACCAUCUCUUUUACCUUCAUAAAUUUUGAUGAAAUUGUACAGGUUUUACCCAAAUUUAGACUGAAGUUUCCCAAUAUUUCGCACCUUAAGUUUAAAGAAACCAACCUUUUCACACUUCAUCAGUUUGAUGCCUUGGCACAACUUCGGAAAUUAGAUCAAUUAACCGUGGAUUCUCAGGGAAACCCCGUUGUUAACUUUACACUGUGGAAGUAUUAUGUUCUUUUCAGGCUUAACAGUUUCGGCAUACAAAAGAUUAAUGACUUUGAGGUAACCCAAAAUGAUAUUGUCAUGUCUGAGAAGCUCUUUGGAAUUCUUGCCUACGUAGCAUCUUCCGAAUUGCCUCAAUAUAGGAUAUUUACCCUGCUUGGGGAAUCCAGAAAGAAACCAUUUCGUCAACUCCUAGAAGGGAAAUCUAAGAAGAACCCUGCUACAGGUGAAGAAAUUAAUGAUAACCGAAAAGUAGUAGGGGAAAGUCCAAGCCGUGCAACAUUAAAUUACAUUCCACAAGACCUGCUUAAUGAGAAGCUGGAGGAAAUUAAAGAAAAGAAGUCUUUCUGCCACUCCUAUGUGCAGGACCUUGUGAACGAGGCCGCUGAUAUUAGCUUGAAAAAUGAAUCCCUGCAGAAGUUGUGGCCCCAGAUGUUCAUUGAGUUAGUGAGAGAUGCUGUGAUUGAAGUCCGAGAUAAAAACUCCUACAUGAAACAAUGUUUGCAAAGGAUUUGUGAACAAAAAUAGCACUGCUAAGCCAUUGAUCACUUUGCACUGCUUGGCCAAGUCUCGGAUAGUCUAUAUUACAUAGACACUAUAAUUCAGUAUUCUUCCCAGUAUGUAGACACAUUUAUUUUCCUUGAAGACAACUGCAACUUCCUGAUCUGAUCCAAUUUUUUGCUAUUAUGCUCCUGAUUUUUUCCACAGUCCUCAAAAUAGUCCAACCAAUGUUUGGGCUUGGGUUUCAGUAAGAGAUUAUUGCUGCAGAGAAAAAAUGAUUAAACAUCUUCUGCAUUUAGUUUGUUCUGAACCUUUGUUUAAUAAAGAAAUUCUUUUUUUUA